AAUAAUAUUACCCAAAUAUUAAGGAAACUCUACUUGUUCAACAUUGGCGUUAGGGAUGCGAAUACUUUAGUAAAGUAGAAAAGAUAAGCGACUUAUCAUAAAAAGUAGGCAUACAACAAAUAGCCGACAGUUGACCAAGUUUUACUAAAAAGAGAAACAUUUUCCCAAAUUAUUUACUGUUCUAUAGUGUGAAAACUUUAAUUUUUUGUGACAUUUUUAACUUGUUUAAAGCUUGACUUUACACGAAUUUCCAAUUUCAGAUAUUUUAUUUUACUUUUCUUCCGUUAUGCACUAUCACCGUCGUCACGAGCUUAUCAGUGUCGUGUAGACUGGUGUUUAGAGGAAAAUGGAAGAGAGUGAAACGGAUAAAAACAAACUGUAUUUACAAAUCCUUCAUCAAGACGGAUUAAGGGAGGAUUGUGGUAAAGAAUUAAGAACGAUGGAGUUACAAGCGUACUCCAACGUAAUGGACGUGAUGCGGGCGGAGGGGACGCUCGACAAGGAAAAGAAAGGAGUAAUUGACUCGUUACGAAAAUAUUUCAAUAUUUCCGAAGCAAGACAUAUAGCAGAGUGUCGGAGAGUUAAUUCGAAUAAUAAAUUAUUAGAAAUGGCGGAUAGAUUACAAAUAGGGUUCGAUUCCGAAGCUGCAGAUGAGACAUGGACCGUCGAGUCCUACGGCACAUUUCCACCCUUGCCUUCCCUUCAACGCCGAACUUCUGGAUAUAGCAGAACUUCGUUUUCUCGCACUAUUCUACCAGUAGCAGGACCUAUAGAUGAACUCCAUGAUAUUGUCAAGACGGAAGGCAAUGUCGAAUCAUUUAAAUCGAUUUCAGAUGACGUGGCAGCCUUAGCGGAAUUUAAGUGGCACUCCAAAGUUAAAAAAGUUAAUAAAAAAGUGCAAACCAAAGUAUCAACCAUUCACAGAAACGGUAUCGCUGGGGGAAGCAGUGACGAAUCUGACGUUAAAAACGAAAGAGAACGCUCUCCCGACAUCAUUGAUGCUGGUUCUCCACUCAAGAAGACAUCUCCUCGACGUGGAGUGGUCACGAAAACUACACGAGGUCCUAAAAGAAAAGCAUCCAUGGAACAAUUAGUAGACACCAACCCUGGUAGUAGGAGGCUAUCAAAUGUGGAGACUACCAGAUCUGCUACUGCUUCCACCACGGCUGCAUCCUCGGCAAGAAUUACAAAGAAAAUGAAGUUCAAUAAGGGGUUUGCCAAGACGAAGGGGAAAUUUCCAAAGAUUAAAUUUGUCAAACGACCACGCGAUCCGUCUCCCGAAUUAAGCACUGAUGAUGAAGAUAACCACCGGCAUCAUCGCCAUCAUCAUCAAGGAGUUAUUAAUAAGGACGAUCAUCCGCGAGCGUUGGUGGGGUUGGGUCCCUCCUCCUCCGCCAUUAAUAAUACUGUUGAGAGUCCCACAAUUAGAAUCACUUCGCCACCCAUGCGGCCUGUGACAACCACGACAUCGAGAGGACGCGGAUCUCGGAUGCGUGGGAGGGGAAUGUUCUCACGAGGUCGUGGUCGCGGUGGGAGAGGUGGUCACGCUCUGUCAUCGCCAAAUCUAGGGUUCAUACCCAAUAGAAAUGAUUUAGCAGCCGGCGGAUCACCGCCUCGACAUGUCAUGCCAAUAUCGUCUCCUUCCAAACGCUCACCCUCAACGUCACCAACUAAGCCGUUGAAAGCUUCCAAACCCAAGAAGCCUAAACCAGUCUCGCUAAGUCGGAGGAAGAGCAGGCUGAAAGAAAAGGAGGACGACGACAUGCAAGUCGAAUGGAACGAUUAUGACGAUGACGCCUUAAUCAUAAGUAAUAAACACUUUCCCAUCAUCAAGAAGAGGAAACUUCACCCGGACGAGCUAUCCCACUCGGAUGAUGGCGACAUGAUGGAAAACCCCCUCUUGAGAAAUCAUCACGGUAAAAUUCACCUCGAGAAUGGUGAAGCUCACAAUAGCAAACAAAUUGGUGGCUAUGUCCCGCACGGAUAUCAUCAUCAACACCCCCACUACCACCAGAAUUACUUGUCUCCACCAAAUGACCACCAUCACCACGUCGGAGGAAGAGACGGCUCCCAUCUCCGAAGUCCACAACUCAGUGGUGAGGAGACUGACAGUGCGUCGGAAAAGGGAAGCAUCACUGGAGGCUCCAGAACCAACGAAUCUCCCGGAACGAACAGCAGCAAUGCCAACUCGCCACCACCCCCACCUUCCCGACAAAAACAACGGUUGAAGAGCCCAUUCAACCCUUCACCCCAACUGCCCCGAAUCAAUAUCCCCCCACCAAUCUUCUCUACGAGUUUGAGCAGCGUGCAGAAGAAGAGGCCCCAAAAGCAUAUAAGUGUCGUGGACUCGCUCAACCUUCACUUGCCGACAACGCCCACAGCGUCCAGUCUUGCCUCCUCUGCAAGAAGAGAAUCAAUGCCAACGGGAAGCAGUAUAUUUUCUAACCAAGCUAUCCAACUAUCCAGAAAUGCGGGGGGAAGUCCAGGCAUUUUGCAGACGCAGCGAAAAGCCACACCCCAUAUUUUAUCCAACUCUAAAACAAUUCAAAGAACGUACGUUCCCACGACCUCCUCAACUCCCUCCGGGGUAAUUAAUUCUGGGGGAGGAAUGUGUGUGAGCGUGGGUGGAACGACGAUUAAUUUAUCAACCAGCAACCCGAUAACCUCUAUAAGCAGCACAGCAGGGGGAACAACGGGUGUUCAAGUUCAAACGAGCGUUAAUAUACCAAAUGUUAUAUCUACGUCUUCGGGUAUCAUUCAAAUUCCAAACUCCUCUCCGGCAACUAUUCCAAUGCAGAUGGGGACAACGACGGCCACUGCCAGACCACCGGGGUCCUCACCAAUUAUUCUGGUCCAGAAGACAAAUCCAAACUCUAAUGCUCCGGCGGCAGCAAUUCAAUUGCAAAGCAAUGCGAUGGCUUCAAAAACUGGUUCUCGGGCCGUGAUUUUAAGAAGGACCACUCAACCUCAACAGCAAUUGCCGCGUUCGCAAGGAAAUGUAAUGUUUUUGGAUGUACAAAAUAAGCAGGUUACGAAUCAAAUUCACCCAUUCCUUCAACCCGUGUCCAGGAUUUUAACUGCUCCGUCAGAAAUGUCGGUGCUGAACAUCCAAAGUGGUCAGCCUCAGAGGACACUAAUUCAAUCCUCCUCCCCCGAUCAGCACCAUGAGCCAACGGUUGUUUUCAAAUCAGUUGCGACGCCGUCGAUGUCGCAUCGGAAACAAAAAUUAGUAGGAAGCGAGGUAGUUUUCACUACCAUUCCGAACCAUGUUCAACCUGGAGCAACUAUCCGAAUAGGGCAAAAUGAUACUCAAAUGGCUCAAAUUGAAGCUGAAUUACUGGAAAUGGAGCAAGAAAUUGCGUACGAGGAAGAAGUUGAGACAUCCGAGUCUGCCAAUAACUCUGUCGAACUUCCACAUCAAUCAAUACAAUUUACAAUUCCUACUAGAAACUCUGCAAGUCAUUCAGCCAUAUCUUCCACUAGCGUGUCAGGAAAUUCUUCAGCAGAAGCAAACACGUAUUCAACUGCUGGUAGCGUAGCGUCUAAUUCUACUGUAAAAAUUAUAAAUGCAACGUAUGGUGGAAUACCUGGAGAUAAUAAUGCUCAAAACCACAAUUCCCAAAAUAUGGUGGCCAACCACGAAGAUAUAUUUUCCACAGCGUUAAAAUCAUCCGGAAUUGUGUUUACUGACCAGCAAUUCUUUGAUGUCGAAGAAAUUUGCGAAAGUAAUGACACCCAACAGCAACAGAAUUCUGUCGAUGUAAUCAAUCACAUAAUGCUUGGAAGCCAAGAGAACGGAAGCAAGCAAUAACUAGACUAAAGUUAUGGUUAUGUAGUGUGAACUACUAAUUUUUAUAGCAAAAUGAUGCAUGUAUCUCUCUCUACCUCCUCCUCAUCACUUAUUCAACGUCCUUCCUGGUCUUUUUUUACCCGAUUUUCGUCAUCUACCAACCACGAGUGCAAGAUUCUCCACGAUUACUACGUAGAACUAUUAGGAGCUGCAUAACCGAUACGGUCGGAAUCGCCCACACCCACCCCAUGACCCCACCCACGUACGGUUAAAAUUUCUUACUGUGAUUCUAUUUAUGUUUAGCAUAUCAUUUAGCAUUGUGCCCAUGCGUUUUACCUAGAUUUAUUUACCACUAGAUACUUGACGAGUAAUAAUUUGUGACAAUAACAAUAAUUUAUAGACUAUUUUAUUGACCGCGAUUUAUCCUGUUUUUUUAUAUUGAUCCCAAUAUUAUUAUCAAUAUCGCUAUGUAUUCAAUCGUACAAUACCGGAGUCAAGUUGACAUAUCUUUUUUUUGCCCGUAAUAAUACAUCGUUACUACUUCCGCUACGCAGUUUUAUAUCUUGAUGUUUUAUUGUUGAAUCGUGACCCACUAAUCUGAGGGAUUGGAUUUAAAUCAAUCUCUCGAUGUACAAACAUAUGUACGAAUAAUAAUUCUGCGCGCACAUCACUAAUGUGCCGAGCGAGAUUCUUUUAACCUUUAUUGGAAUAAAUUUUAUUACGCCAGUCGCCACAAAAAAUCUCGUUAAACUUGAUGCUGACUUUGCAAUAAAAAUAUUAUUCAAAAAAUGUAUUUACGGACUUUGAGGACAAACCUAUCACUUUCCUCGCUCACUGGCUCGCUCGUACCAAAAAAAAACUUGUUUCACCUGAUUAGAUAAUUUGUUUAGUUUUCCUUAAAAUAUAUUUACGCCAUGUUUCCGUACUAAAGUAUAAAAUUUAUGUAUGUAUCAUUGUUUCGACAUGAAAGUCCGGUUCUCUCAAAAUUGUAUGUACAUUUCGUGUCAUAUUACUUACGAUAAGUUGACAGGGCUUAUUAAUUGACAACAAUUGAGAAGAUCGUGUCAAACUUUUGAAGUCGAUUAUUUAUUCGUCGUAUCGUAACUAUACGUACGUGCAUGGGGGUUGAUAACGAGAUGGUACAAAUCUAAGUUAGUACAUACGUGUAUGUAAAAUAGUAAUUAACGCUAGGUAAUAGGUUGGAGAAAGGGGAGUACAUAAAUCGACGAGGUGUAGUAUGUAGUAAAUAAUUAAAGUAUUUAAUCUAAUAAUGCAUGCCGAUCGACGAUGACCUUUACAUACACCACGUACAUAUAUAUAUUUAAAGUUAAAAUACAGGUUAGUUUUUCGAACUUUCAAAAAUAAAAGGACGACAUAAUACCAAUAAAAAGUUAAAACUGCAUGUGUAUCUCUCAAUUUAAUUGUUUUACGCCAGCUUUUUCUCACGAAAUCAAGUAUUCUCAUCGUGCUCAUGUCUGUUCUGUAUGCACAUUCAAUCACCAAUCUAAUCGGAGUUAAGUUAAAACUGAACAUAAAUAAAGCGUAAAAUGCAUUCAUUCAACAUUCCUCUUUUGUGAUUUUGAGGUACUUUCUUCAUCGAGCGAGGUGAUGUACUAACCAAAACCAUCAUCACCAAAGACGUGGAUUUUAUUGCAAGUGAAUCACCAAGUCCAAUACUUCACGAGACGAGGGAGGCACGAUAAAAGUGGGAGAGACGAAGCAUGCAGCGUUUUUAAGGAAACCGGUCAUUGACGCUCUUUCCGUGUAGUUGAGGUAGUACUGGUUCAGUUUAGUGGAACGGUUCAACAGUUAGAGUUCCUGACAGCGCAGCAGCAGCAGCAUUUGACUUUUGAUUUGAGGCCAACCUUUCCUCCUCCACGAUGCAACUUUUACCAAGUGCAUUCUCAAGUAAACAUAUCUAACCAAUAUCGUAUGUACUUACGAUAUAAAAUGCAGUCCAUAUACAAAUUACAUGCAUCCACAGACACAAUAACGAUCUAGGUCAAUCAGAGUGUGCAAAGCUUUUAGCCAGUUUUAUUUAAUGCCCAAUCGCCUUUUUCCCCUCUUUGGUUCGACUCUUGACGAAUAACUAUGCACAAUCUUAAGGUCAUAUGGGAUGACGAUUUGGCAUUUUUACCUUGUUUAAAAUCUUUAAAAUUUGAUCAAUUUCACGAAUUUUGAGAUAAAUUCAACUUUUUGAAUGUAAAGUUAAUUUUUGCUACAAAAAAAAAUAUCGAUUUGUCUUAGAAAUAAUUUCUAAAUUUCUAAAUUUUUGUCAAGCAGGAUUUGUUGAUGAUCUUGUAAUUGUAGAAAGAGUUGUGGGUAAUAAUCUCCCAAACAUGCAGAAAGCUCUUGAUGUCCUUUCUAAGGCGUGUUCCGAAAUUAAUAUGAAACCUAAUCCCCUCAAAUGUGAAAUUCUAGUUGUAAACUUUGGUGGUAGGAAAUUAAAUUUUUCCACAGAUUUCUAUAUAAAUAAUGUUAAAAUUCCUGUUGUUGACAAGUUAAAAUUAUUAGGAGUUCACUUCACCUCGAAAUAUGAGUGGAACUAUCACAUUUCUAAAAUUGUGUCUUUAGCAGUGGGCAAAUUGUAUCAAUUAAAAAAAUUAUUCAAGUCUGGUUUUUCUAUUUCGGAAUUAAUUCAUGCUUUUAAUGUAUAUAUUAGAUCUGGUUUAGAAUAUUGUGCGGUCAUUUGGGGUCCCGGUUUACCAAUCAAACUUAUUCACAAACUUGAAAAAGUGCAAAAAAUUGCUUUAUCCAUUAUUUUAAGAAAACGGGUCGAUCAUACUAAUUAUAUUGAUGUAUUGAAUUCUUUCAAAAUUGAGUCUCUUGAAAUGCGUAGGGACAUUUCACUUAAAAAAUUCGGGUUUAAACUAAUAAUUGGUCGUUAUUCUGUAUUUUUGCCUGAAUUCGGUACUGGUUCAUCAAGUAUGAUGUUAAGAAAGACUAAUAUUGUUCAUCAGACCAAUAUUAAAAAUGCAAAAUAUUAUAACUCAACAUUACCUACCUUAAUUAGAUUAAUCAAUUCUGAAUACAGGGAAAAAAACACUAUAUUUAGUUGCAAGUAUGAAACUAUUCUAAUGCUGAAAGAUAAAAAUUGUGUUUAGUUAUAAGUAUUGUUAAGUAUCAUUCCAACUAAUAGUAGUGGCUUAGAGAGUUUGUAAACUGUCGAAACCAUGUAUGUUGCUUACUUAACUAAAUGUUGGUAGAGUCUCCUUCUCUAUUUUAUAACAUGAGGUGUUUUUUUGUAUCACAUAUUAUGAUAAGAUCAGUAUAA